AAUCUUUCAUAGUUAUAUUAUUUUAAAAAAUGUUUAUAAAUAAAUAUUUUAUCGUAUCAGUUAUAUAGUCAUAAUGUGAGAUAUAAAGUCACAUUAAGAUAUACUGAUUAUCAUUUGUUAAAAAACAUUUCGUCUUUGAAAAUAAUGUUUAUAAUCAUGUAAUAACGAAAUAUACUCGGCGUAAUUUCAAUAUUCACACGUACGAAUAAUUUAUGAUGCUUUAACAAUUUCUGUUGACGUACUUUUUAUCAUUAAAUGGUCAAAAGAAACGAUAAUGAGACAGGAACGCGCGUGCCAUUACAUACGAAAUGAACAUUUUUUACAGUGUUAUAUUACGACCACGUUAUUCCUUCUUGGCAUUGUUUCCAGAACAAAGCAGCAGGAUGCGACUAUCGACGAUCUUCGAGCUGUUACUAAUUCUCUUGUUAGUGGCAUUCGCGGCUUACGGUCGAGUAAUUGAUCGCAAUGAAGUGCUGCAUCGGGUAGUUCGUGCGGCGAAUGGUGCGAAGCAGAGCGAUAUAGAUCUAUCAACGAUGUCGCUAAAGCAGGCCACUGACAGCGUAAACCGAUAUUGCACCUGUAACGAGAAUAUCUGCAAUUGCUGUCGGGACUUUCACAUACCGGUCGUGCAGCUGAAAGGACCGGGAUGCGCUUCGCUGCAGUAUCUUCAGGGUGACAAUUUGGCAGUCCAACUGAGUUUUGGCGAUAAUAUAUUGACCAGCACGAUCGUUAACGGUAAGAAUCCGAAGCCUGUGUGUGUACCAUUACCGGGUGGUUUUACUAAAUUCUGCGGCAGGAUUUAUUCCAUUCAACGCGACGCGAAGAAUCACUUCAAAGCGUGUCUCGGUUUGGAAUUGCAAUCCCCUACGGAGCUGGAAGCUACUCUUCGCGUUAGUUGCUUCAGAUUUGGUCCUGAUGGUCUGAAGCUACGACCAGCCGAGCCCCUUCCGAUUGUUGAGACAGAAGCCACUUCGGAAGAAGAUGACGAUGAUGAUUUUUUCGGACUUGGCUCGGAUGAUGACGAUGAUGACGAUGAGGAUGACGAAAGACCCAUCACGAAUUCCGUCUCCGAUGCCUCGGGAGUUGACGAUGUACAAGAGUCAGAGGACGAUGACGAUGAUGAUGAUCUGUUGGGUUUUAGUGCUUUGUUGGACAUCUUUACUGGUGACGAUGACACGCCGACGAGACCCAAAGUUACCACUGCGGCGCCAUUGCUGGAAUUUACUAUACCGAUUCUACCUCGGCCCACGACUCCUGCACCGCUGGAAGAUCAUGAAUUGUCAACUUUCGCCAACAACGAACAGGAAAGUGAUGACGAGGAACACGAUGAUAAUACCUCGGAACCGCAUAAGGAAGAAGAAGAAGAAGAAGAAGAAGAAGAAGAAGAAGAAGAAGGAUUAACUGAGAGCAACACCGAAGAUAGUACUGAUGAGAACAAGGAACAGAUCACGGAAUCCUCCAAUAAAAUCGUGUACACCGCGAAACCCAAUAAGGCACCAACCGUUAACAAGGUAAAAAAGGGAGUUAUUGGAAAUAAGAAGAAACCUACGAUAACGUCCACCAGCGUAAAUGCUAUCUAUGACACUGAGAAGCCAGCAAAGAAACCAAUCAAAGACGAAGAUAACGAGGAUGAUGAUGAUGACGAUGAUAUUUUGGAUGACGACGACGACGACGAAGAUAUUGACGACGAGGAUGACGAAGUUCUGGAUGACGACGACGACGACGAUGAAGAUAAGGACGAUGAUGAAGAUGAAGACGAGGAGGAUGAGGAUAAAUUGGAUGAUGAAAAACACGAUGAUGAUGAGGAUGAGAAGGCCGAGGAUCUUGCUGAGUUAGAUGAUGACGAUGAUGAGGAGGAAGACGCCAUGUUGAGUGCUCUUAUUGGUAGUGGAAAAAGUAAGAAGAACACAGAAGACAUGAAGACAAAUCAGACUAAUAUUUACAAGCACGACGAUGAAGAUUACGAUCUUGGAUUUUUUGCUAGGAAAAGGCAUUCGAGUGAAAAUCGUCAAAGUAAGAUUACGAGGCUUUGAAGUCUCGUGAUCCGAGGCAGUGCAUUGCUCCAGUCAGUAGAUUAAUUGGAAGUCAAAAAAAGCUCGUCCUUCUUAUCUGAUCAUAAAUUCGUUGAACCGACGAAAGCAAGACGUUUUAGUCGAAUCAGCGGAACAUUUGUCAAAAGAUUUAGUAGAUUAUUGAUAUAUAAUUGUGACAAUGUGACCUAUUUUUUAAUGAUAAGACAAGAAUUACAAGAAUCAACCGUGAAUUUCUCAACUCGUCACGAUGGUUAUUAAAAGUAACGGGUACGUGUUUUUACGGCAUCCUGAUUAUUUUAUUAUUAACAACUGUAAAAAAAAUCGUUAAUUUUGCAACUGUUAAUUAAUUUUAUUGUUGGAAAAUAAGCGAUUUAUUUCGCUAUAAUUAUC